UAUUUGCGUUUGGAUGUUGUUGAGAAAAACAAAGAUGGCGGAAGGUGUGCCGAAACCGCAGCGGGAUCCUCCUCAGGGGAUGGAACCGUUUGAUCGAGGCGCUCUCAGCGAGGAACAGCAGGCCAAGCUCAAUCAGUUCAAGGUGCAGACCAGGUUAGGUAAUGAGCGUUAUCUCAGGGAGCAUCCUGAAGUCUCCUGUAUGGUGUCUGGCUUCCUCAGUGAUGUUUUGGCAAAGAAACCUGAAAAUAUCAGGGAGUUUGCUGCAGAAUACUUCAGGAACCCAGAAUUGCCUGAUCAAGUCAUGAAGGAAGUUGCAGCACAAGAGGAGAAGAAAAGGAUAGCAUCACAGGCUAAGAAGAGAUUGUGAAAUGCAGUAGUGUAUUGCUAAUUCUGCAAAUAUCAUAUUGUGCCGACUGUCUCAUUUUAUAUCAUCUGAAAUCUGUAUAUAGACUACGGAGUGCUUGUGUGUAGGUUUUUGCCUUACCACAUGUAAGGUAGGAACUAGUCCCAGGAUAGUUCAUAGCAAGUGCUAAAUUUUGUUAUCUGUAAUCAUCACAUUAUAGCAGAAUUUUGUACUUCUCUUCUCAAUCAGGAACCUUUAACACAUUCCAGGUAUUGUACAUACCAUUACAUAUGUUUUGUAGCAUUUGAAAUGCUGUUUGAAUGACAUAAACCUUGUGUAGCUCAUGGUACACAGCAUUAAAAACUAUAAAUUGUUAAUAGUAGUCUGUCAAUAAUACUAGUAUCCUGGGUAGAAACAAGCGUCAUACAAUGUACUUAUGAAAUAUGGAGACUCACAUCUAUUUUUGUGUUUAAUAUACUGACAUAUACUAUCUUCUAACUGGCUUGCCCUGUAUCGAAAUGAUGACUAUUUGGCAAACAGGACAGUCAGGAAAUCCUUUCUUCUCAAUGUCUGCUUUAUGAUUAGGAAGCCCCAGCAAAGCCACAUCUAGAUAUCAAAAGAUGCAAAGUUUUAUUUCCGCUAUGUACAUACAUGUAUUCUGUACAUUUCAACACUACAAAUAACAUUCAAUUGAGUCUAACUGGAACGUUUAAAAAAAAAAUAGAUGUCAACUCUUUCAAUCGGUGGAGGGAAAGUCAGUGUUUGAUUAAUGAAAGCUUCACAACAUGACAACAUUUCUAGGACUGUUUUGUAAUGUAUAUACCAGUAACUUAAUUGAGUAUGGAUGUAAUUGUGUUUCAACAAUGUGGCAUUAAAUUUCACCAACUCCUGUUGUCAAUUUA